AUCUGUAUGCUGCUUGUCCCCACUUUCACUUGAUGUUGCUUGAUAUAAUAAAUAAAAACGACAAACACAGCAAAUUUUAUUCUUCAAUUGACAUAUAAAAUAAUUAUUCAAUAACAAGUGAUAUAAAUAAUAUUUUAAUUAUUUAAUAAUUGAAUUUUUUUUCUUUUUUGGUGCAACGUGUGUGUAGAGUUUGAAGGAUACUUGUUGAUUAUUUUAAAUUUGAAUUUGUUUAUUUAUAUAUUAUUAUUUUAAAAAUGGUACUGAGCUCUGAAAUGGAACAAGAAGAUAAACCAAAGUGGCUUCUUGAGUUGGAAAAUCGUAAACGAAAGCCUCGUUUAGCUCAUGAAGUUGGAGCUGGUGCACCGUGUAUUAAAUGUUCACAAAGUUGUCCAGGUUUAGAUUUACAUUUUUGGCGUAAAAUAUGUAAAAAUUGUAAAUGUAGUCGUGAUGAUCAUGAUGUACCAAAUGAUGAAUUUCCUCAAUUUGAUAUAUUAUUUGGAAAAACAAAAAAUCAAUUAAAUAAAAAAAAACCAAUAUUAUUAAAUAUACAUGAAAAAGAUGUUAAUAAUAAAGGUGAAAUAUUUGAUUGGGCACCACCAGAUACAACAGCUGAACUUGCUGCUGAUUAUAUGAAAGCAUUACCAAAUGAUAAAUUACCAAUAAAAGGUACAACUGGUGCAUUAUUAAGAAAACAACAAUUACAAAAACAACUACCACUUCAUGAUAUUGAUCAUAAAAAUUGUGAUGAAUUAUCAGAAUCAGAACGUACACAAUUUGAAAGAUAUUUAGAUAAUUUAAAAAAAUAUGCUGGACAAGGUAAAGUUACUAAAUUUGUAACAGCUAAACCAUUUGAUAAAAGCCAAAUGACAACAUUAAAUUCAUCUGAUUAUUUAACUCCAAAACAUCAACAAUCAAAUGAUUAUCAAAAUAUUAAUUUACGUACACCAAGUAGUUUUAUACCAGAAACAUUAUCACAUGAUAUUAAUAGAGAUGAAAUUUUAGAACAUCAUCGACAUGCUCCUCCAUUACAAUUUACAAGACCUGGUGCUGAAUUAAAUAAUAAACCAGUUGAUUAUGCUAAACUUGGUGAAAAAUUAUUGUCCACAAAAUGGACUAGUCAUUCUAUGGAUAAUCCACUAAAUAAUUCACCAAGUAAGUCAUCAUCUCUCAAGUUUCCAUCUAAAUUUCCUAUCACUUCAAAGCAAGAUGAUCAUUAUGAAGAAGGAAAUUCAAUUUACAAUGAUAAUAUGCAACCUAAUUGUAUUCAAGCACAACGUUCAACUUUAAAAAAUCCAGAUAGUCAUUUGAUACAAUCACAGACUUUGUCUAAUCACAUUAAUCCAGCAGUUAAUUUUGCCCAAACAAAUAUUUAUGAUAAUGAUUAUAAUAAUAUUGAUACAAUUCCAUCAAAAAGUUAUCCAUAUACUCUUCAAUAUUUAAGAAGUGGUGGUAAUUCUUCAGGUAAAUUAGCAAAUUCUGAGGAUGUUAUGGGUUCACUUGGAUCAAUUGCCAAUAAAUCUAAUCCUAAAAUUGAAACUGAUUGGCUUCAUGCUUAUAAUACUAUGAAAAACAAAAAGAAUAAUUCAAAUGACGUACCUAGUUAUCAUAAUUAUUUACCAAGUGAUGUAGAAAAUUUGGAAGAUCUUGAUUAUCUUGAUUAUUUAAUUUCAAGACCACCACUUAGUUAUCCAGAAAGAAUGGCGCUAAUCGAAAAAUUGUCUCCACAAAAUUUACACAAAAAUAUUAAUGAUAAUAAAUCUCUUCAAGCUCAUUAUAUGCCAAGCAAAGUCCAUGAAUCAACAAGUAAAAAUGAUGAUAAAUUAAAUGACAAUUAUGAUGAAAAUUCAAUUUUAGCUGAUAAAAUAUUAUCUGAUGCAUUAUUACAACCAAGUUCAAUAAAUUCUGGUGAUAUUAUUGGUAGUACACUUGAUCAACAAGGUUUAAAUUAUAUUCGUGAAAAAUUAACAACAAAAUAUUCUGAUAAAAUAAAUUCAACUGAGCUAGCUAAUUUACAAAUGAAAAAUAAUUCUGGCCAUUUAAAUGAUAGUUUAACAAAAGGAAUAAAUGCACAAUUAUCAAGUUAUGGUAAUGGAAUUAAUCCAACAAUAAUAAAUUCACAAGAACAAAAUAUACAAAUAUUUCCAGAUGAAAUAACUGGAUCAUCAUCAUCAAGACUCAUGGAAAAUCCAGCAACAGAUUAUUUGGGUUUAGCAAUGAAUAAUUUAUCAAUGAUACAAAAAAAAGUACAAAAUUGUCAUCAAUGCCAAGAGGAUAUUGUUGUUGGUGAUGUUGUUGUAACUGCUGAAAAAGCAAAAGAUGCUGCAUGGCAUCCAGGAUGUUUUAUUUGUUCAGUUUGUAAUGAAUUACUGGUUGAUCUUGUUUAUUUUUAUUACAAGGGUAAAUUAUAUUGUGGAAGAGAUCUUGCUGGUCUUUUAGAAAUACCAAGAUGUUUUGCUUGUGAUGAGCUAAUAUUUGUGAGAAAAUAUACUGUUGCUGAAGGACACAAUUAUCAUGUUAAACAUUUUUGUUGCUGGGAUUGUGAUUUACCAUUGGCUGGACAACAAUAUAUUUCUGAAGAUGAUAAACCACUUUGUCUUCCGUGUUUUAAAAAACUUUAUGCCAAGACAUGCAACACUUGUAAUGGUGUCAUUGCACCAGAUCAACUUGGUGUUGCUGUUAAACAUUUAGAUUUUCAUGCAACUGAUGAAUGUUUUUGUUGUGCUGGUUGCAAAAAGACACUGUUAAAUGGUAAAAUUGCUGUGAAAAAUGAUAAACCAUUUUGCAGCAAAGAAUGCAUCAUAAAAUUUGAAUAAAUAAUAUUUUUAUAUAAUUAAUAAUUAUACUUUACAAAUUUUAACAUUUGUAUUAUUUUAUUAACGUUUUUUAAAUGUUUUUUUUUCUUUGAUAAAUUUAAGGAUUAUAAUCAAAAUAAUAUUCAAUUUAGAAUAAUACAAUUUUUAUUAUGUAAUAAACAAUAAAAACAACUUUUUUAUUUUAUUUUUUUUUUAUUUUAAUAAAUAUAUAUGAGAUAUUUAAGAUUUUAAAUCUUUGUAAAUACC